AUGGUGUGCUCUCCAUGGCGGCGUGCUGUUCAGGACAGCUGCCCAGCAUCCCUGGACGUGCUGGGACCUCCCUGCCAGGAGCCCCAGGAGAGCCGCUUACCUGAAUGGCUGGAGGUUGGAGGCUGGAGGCGAGGGGCUGCUCGUGCAAGGCAGGGAACGGCCUCUCCUUGCCGGGGGCCGGAGGCACUCACCCGCUCCGAGUCCCCAGGCCUGCUCAGGCUGCUACACGCAUGUGCACAGCUGAUUCACUCUUCAAACCCACAGCAAGGAGGUGGCAGAAACCAAGUUCGGUUGUCCAGAGAGAAUGGACAAGGCAGUCGCCGGCGACCGGGUGCUAAGAUGGACAACUACCAUGAAGAUAGUGGUGGUCCUCCACUGGACAUCAAGCCACCACCACGGGUCCACUCUGCAAGUCGACUGCGGCUUUGGGGAGCAGAAUACGCAGUCAUGAAGCAGCCAAUCUGUAACUGGACUUGCUGUCUGUCCGUAUGCCUGUGCUGCUGGUUUGGGGGCCUGAGCGCAGCCUUCGCCACGAGGAACUCCAGGCCCAACAUUGUGCUGCUGUUGGCGGACGACCUUGGGAUGGGGGACCUGUGCUGCUACCGUAAUAACACAGUGAGCACACCAAAUAUCGACCGCCUGGCAAACGAGGGCGUGAGGUUCACCCAGCACUUGUCAGCUGCUUCCAUAUGCACCCCAAGUCGGGCUCCCUUCCUGACGGGCCGGUACCUCAUCCGAUCAGGAAUGGCAUCUCGCUUCAACCUGAACCGCGAGCUCACCUGGCUUGGAGGCUCGGGCGGUCUGCCCACCAAUGAAAUGACUUUUGCCAAGCUGCUGCAGCAUCGUGGCUACCACACGGGGCUCAUAGGCAAGUGGCACCAGGGUUUGAGCUGUGCCUCUCGGGAUGAUCACUGUUACCACCCCCUCAACCAUGGGUUCGACUACUUCUACGGGCUGCCCUUUGGCCUGAUAAGCAAUUGUCAGACGUCCAAAACACCAGAGCUGCACCGCUGGCUCAGGAUCAAACUCUGGAUCUCCACGGUGGUGCUCAGCCUCGUCCCCCUGCUGCUCCUCAUCCCUAAGUUUGCCCGCUGGUUCCCCGUCCCGUGGAAGGUCAUCGUCACCUUCGCUCUUCUUGCCUUCCUGUUUUUCAUUUCCUGGUACUCCAGUUACGGGUUUACUCGGCGUUGGAACUGCAUUCUUAUGAGAAACCAUGAAAUCAUCCAGCAGCCGAUGCAGGAGGAAAGAGUGGCUUCCCUCUUGCUGAAGGAGGCUCUUGCCUUUAUCGACAGGUAUGGAGUCAUUUCCGGCCUGAUUCCAUGCAUGGGAAUUUUGUCCGUGUUUCGGAGAAGUAUAGACGCAGCCCUGUUUGUGUCCUUUCUGCAUGUCCACACUCCACUGAUCACCAAAGAGAAGUUUGUGGGGCACAGUAAAUAUGGACUCUAUGGGGAUAAUGUUGAAGAAAUGGAUUGGAUGGUGGGUAGGAUCCUGGAGACCCUGGACCAGGAGCGCCUGGCCAACCACACGCUGGUGUACUUCACCUCAGACAACGGCGGUCGCCUGGAGGUGCAGGAAGGCAAGGUCAAGCUGGGUGGUUUCAACGGGAUCUACAAAGGUGGCAAGGGGAUGGGCGGAUGGGAAGGGGGCAUUCGUGUCCCAGGGAUAUUCCGGUGGCCGACAGUCCUGGAGGCUGGGAAAGUGAUUGACGAACCAACGAGCCUCAUGGACAUUUACCCGACACUCUGUCGUAUAGGUGGAGGGAUAUUGCCGCAGGACAGAGUCAUCGACGGUCGGAACCUAAUGCCCCUGCUGGAAGGCAGGGUGUCCCACUCGGAGCAUGAGUUCCUCUUCCAUUACUGUGGGGUCUACCUGCACACAGCCAGGUGGCAUCAGAAGGACUGUGCAACCGUGUGGAAGGCCCAUUUCGUGACUCCCAAGUUCUCCCCGGAUGGAGCUGAUGCCUGCUAUGGGAGUGGAAUCUGUUCGUGUUCUGGAGAUGUCACCUACCACGACCCUCCCCUGCUCUUCGACAUCUCCAGAGACCCUUCUGAGGCCCGACCUCUUAACCCUGACAAUGAAGCAUUAUUUGACUCGGUUGUCAAGAAAAUCGAGGCGGCCAUCAAAGAGCAUCGCAGGAUGCUCACACCUGUCCCGCAGUAGUUCUCGGUGUUCAACACCAUCUGGAAACCAUGGCUGCAGCCCUGCUGUGGGACUUUCCCCUUUUGUGGGUGUGACAAAGAAGAUGACAUCCUUUCCACGGCUUGGUGA